UCAUGGCCGAAGCUCUGGCCGGUCUUUCCAUUGCUGCAAACGUGAUGCAGGUCAUCUCGUUCAGCUUCGAGGCAAUUUCCACCCUCAGAAGGAUCUCCCGUGACAAAUCGCCGGCACCGGAAGCCACAGUCAAUGCUCGCGCGCUUGAGAAAGCCACCCUGGGGCUUCGGAAAAACCUAGAGCCCCAAGCAAUGCAGUCCCCACAACAAAAAGAACUGCAUACGAUUGCCACUCAAGUUCUGGAACUAGCCAACAAGAUCGAGACGGAAAUACAGAGUAGUCAGGUCACACAAGGAUCUUCCAAGUUCAGGACAUUCGGGAAAGCUUUUGGGAAAUCCCUGAAAUACAACCUGCACACAAAGGCGAAAGUGAAAGAUAUAGAAUCCCAGAUGAGCAAGUUACAGCAUACAAUGGAGGUCCAGAUUUUGGUAGAUUUGCGGGAGCAGAUCAAAGAACACAAUCUGACAACAUCGGUCGACUUCAAUAGUUUGGACCAAAAAGUACAGGAUUUUGCCAAAAAACUGGAAGCAGGCGUCACGGAGCUGAAAGCACUUAUGGGUCAAGAGUCAAAGGCGAUUCAGGACAAGGUAGUAAUGGAAUCCCACGAGACCCGAGCCAGCAAUGCACUGGAAGCUGCCAAAGUUAGGAACCAUGUGUCAACGGAGAUGCAGGCCACGCGGAGUCAGAUACAAGAUGACCGAACAACAGUUGCGGCCGAUGCCCGUCGCGAACAAUUUCUGGGGUCACUGUAUUUCCCUGAGAUGAAGUCACGCGACAACCAAUUGGAUGGUAGACCUGCGCAUCAUGGGACUUUUGAGUGGAUAUUCGGCCAGAAGGAAGUGAAUGCUAGCAGUGACAGUGGAAAAGGCUUCCCUGAUUGGUUGCAAAACGACGAGCCAAUCUACUGGAUUAGUGGUAAACCAGGAUCAGGAAAGUCAACCUUCAUGCGCUUCCUUAUACACCACCCCAAAACCACUGCGCUGCUGGAAACUCAUGGAUCCGAUGUCUAUAUAAUACCCGCAUUUAUUUGGUUAUCUGGAAGUCUCAUGCAACGCUCCCUCAAGGGGUUACUGUGUACGCUUCUGCACGACCUGGUUAUUCAGAUACCAAACUUGAUCGAGGAUAUCGAAAUUGAUAAAAGAGUAUGGAAUAAGAGAUCGCCAGGCGACUGGUCGCUCCGGGAACUGGAGCACUUCCUUUGCGAGUUUUCGACAAAGCACCCACACCGGAUCUGUGUAUUUAUCGAUGGGCUGGACGAAAUUGACCCCGGCACUGAUGAUGGCCAACAUAAUCUUCUGAGUCUAAUAAAACGUCUGGGUGCUCUUAAUGGUAUCAAGCUUUGCGUAUCGAGCCGGUCAGAGACAGUGCUACGGUCACAACUGGGCGAAUAUCCCCAUCUGGAGCUCCAAGAUCUCACCAGUAGAGACAUAUCACUUCUUGUGGCUGAACAACUGAACACACCGGCAUUGAUGGACUGGAUUCAACAUCAAUACGAUCUUGUUUCUGAAUCAGAGAUAUAUCAGCAUGACAAACCAAAUCUUCAAGGACUAAUACAGAUCAUUACUAGCUGUGCCAAUGGGAUAUUCUUGUGGGUUUGCUUGGUUACGCAAGGAAUACAAUCCGGAGUCAUUGCACGCGACAGUUGGGAUUUGCUCUUGAAGAGGGUUUAUUCCUUACCACGAGAGCUCGAAAGUCUCUUUGAAGACUUAUGGACGCGACAGCGGGGCAACACAGAAGUUUAUCGUUCUUGCACAGCAGUGUACUUGAAAACCCUCUUAAACGGCCACAAAAGACUUAUCGGAGUUUUGGAUAUGCUCCUAAUUGCGGAGCCGAGCCUCUGCAAACGUCUCUUGCGGGGAGGCAAAUAUGUUUCCAGCGAGGAAAUCUACGAAAGAUGCCAAGAUUUACGUCAACAAGUAGUCUCUCGAUGCUGCGGACUCGUGGGCAUCUCUACGAAUACAAACAUAAGCUCGGGUCUUAUAUACCGGAGUUCAGUCGAGAACAACUUACAAAAUUCGUUGGAAUUCCAAUAUACACAUCUAAUCUCAGAUGUUCAACAAGAGAUAUUUUCGUUCAUACAUCGAAGCGCACGAGACUUCCUCAUGGACACCGCAAAGGGCCAAGAAAUAAGUAGCUACGAUGAUAGAACCUUGCUGCAAAGGGAAGUUGGGGGGCUCUUUGCUAUCUUAGGAUCUUGGAUUGUACUUUGGAGUAUGCCACUAGUGAGACAAUCAACUGGUCCGCCCGACGAUGCAAUGAUCUAUUUAAGGAGCUCGCCACAGCUUGGGUUUCCACCAAUGGACCUUAAACCCCUUGGAUAUUUGAGCAAGUAUAGCUUAGAUAUAUCCGAUAGUACACUAAGCCGGAUCCCCAAGCUCAAAGAGCGGUCCUACCCGCUCUUGAUUUCUGCUAUCGAAUAUGGUUCUUAUGAGGCUGCUUUGUACCUGUUAUCUCGGAUUCAGCAGGCCCUGGUCACAAAUAAGGUCGACCAUUACUCACGAUUGCUCUCUAUAGCUCUGAGCUCUUUUGAGUACCGUGGAAAAACUUAUGAAAAGGCACUAGAACUUUUCGACAGACUGCUGGAGUACGGCGCUGACCUUAAUCAUAUUGUUAUGCAGUCGCACAAUAGCGGAUCUAAUCUUCCACCUCUUGUUCAGGCAUUCCUUGGCAUUGGGUCAAUUGAUAUUCCUUCUGAUGAGAAUGCAUUUAGUAGAAAGAUCCUUGAGCGGUGCCAGCUCUAUGGACUAGAUUCCGGGUUGCGUUUUAUUGGUUCUAUAGGGCCUGCCACGCCAGGGCUUGCAUUCAACCAAUGUGGCCGCUUAGAUCGUCUCCCCAAUAACAGGCACAGGGCUAUUGCCUUACUCGUUGAUAUGACAUAUGCACAUCUCGUGGACUACACAUGGAGGGAUCCGGAGUUAUACGGACUCAAAAUUCCCGAUGAUACCAUUACCCCGGAAUUUGCUGAUUUCAUCAAAGACUUGUCAGACUUACGACGUGUUCCAGGAGUUAAAGCUGUAAUGCUUGUUCGAUUGGAUUACGAAAAGCUUGCUCGAUUGGAUUACGAAAAGCAUAAAUGGCCUUUAAAUCAGACUGUUACUGCUCUAUCUGGCAAAGUAAUUCUUUCAGAACAGCACUCCAACAUUUUAUUGGAAGGCUUUCCCCAGAUAACAGCCGUGGACCGGGAAGCGUUUGAGAGACGUAUAGGGUACGACGUGUACGAAUCUUACGAGAGCGAGGUUUUGGACGAGAAGGGGAUUGUGACUUGGCUUGUAGAAAAUAAAUACUUACCUCAGUAUGCACUAUACGAGGAGGACUAUCUGAGAGUGCUGGUCCGAGAAGAGUACCUGCCCCUCUCUGUUGCUUGGCCACAUGAUAGAUCGGCGGCCGAUUAUUCGUUUCGACCUGAGUACGAUGUGCUCAUGGAGGCUGUCAAAAAAUACGAGGCCGACGGAUUGGAUAGCGUAUGA